AUGAUGACGCAAGUAAUAACGUCAACAAUGAAUGUUGAGAAGGAUAGAGCAUUAUUCAUGAAUAAGUUAAGAGAAGAGGUACAAAAGGUGAAGGGGUACUGUGUUAUUGAAAAUGUGUUAUCAUCAUGGCUAAUGAAAAGGCAAAUUAAAAUGAAUAUUAACAUAAAAGAAAAAAAAAAAGAGGGAAGGAUAAAGAGAAAGCAAGGGUAUUUAUUUUAUUUAAUUGAAUCAAAAUAUUUAAACAAAAUCCUGGGUAAAGUAUUUUUUAAUAAAAAAUGUGUAAAAAAUUUUUUAAAUAGGAAUAAUAAUAGUAAUAAUGAUUCUUCGUAUUGUUGUGUAAAGAAAAUAAUCCAAAUAAAAAAAAAAAAUAAGCAUGUUGUUAUUGCAAGUUUAAGCGAUACAUCUAUUAAAUCUUCGCUUCAUUUUGUAUAUCGAGGAAAAAGUUUUUUUAUUUUUGUUAAUAUUAGUCAUUAUGUAAAUAAAGAGUUAUUCAACCAUACGAAGGAAUGUUCAGAUUCAUCAAUUGUAGUAUUUGUUUAUGAGUCCGAUUGUACCCGCACACUGGGGGAUGACAAUGAAACGCGUAGUUAUGACAUAAGUGUAAGGAAUAUCCAUCCUAAGAAUUACAGAAGUAUUUGUGAUAAUAACUACGCAUGUGAAAAAGACUACUGGGAAGGGCGUAAGGCUGCUCUUUUUGGAGCCCAUGAAUAUUUAAGGAAAAAUGGCCUAUGUGGUAGGGAAACGACCAUAGAAGGGAUUAGCGGUGGAAUUAGAGUUGAAAUUAGAGGCGAAACUAGAGGUAGAAUUAGCGGUAGAGGUUGUAUAAAUAUUGGUGGUCGUUCCCAGGGGGAAAAGGGCAGUUGCUCCUCGAACGAACACUGUAGCAGUUUUUCAUCCCUCUACAAAAAGGAAAGAAAAAAGGAACAAAUAGGCGAAAAAAAAGGAAAAAAAAUAGAUGAAAACAUUGUGUGUACAAAAAAAUAUGUUGAUCGUUAUCUUCUACUAAUUAACUACAUAACACAUGACACAAUACUUCAGUUCUCGUUCAUUAAAUUAUGCGAUUAUAUUUUAUAUAAAUACCUACAGCAUGAUGAUGUUCAUAAGAGUGCACUCGAGAGUGUAGCUAGUGCGCAUAAUGAAAAAGGUUUAGGUACUAGUUACAUUUUUAGGGAAAAUAUACGGAGAUGGUUCAACAGUGAAAGAGGUAGUAUAUAUCGUGAAGCUACAAAAAGAGGAAUGACAAUAAACCGUUACAUACUAAACCGAAGUUAUACAAACAUAAAUUUGAAAAACGGUGUAACGUAUCAUUAUGUAACUAACAAGGGAAAUGAUAAACUGGAGGGUGAUAAUGACGAAAAGCUUUUGGAGGAAACAAAACUUGAAAUUACCGUUUAUAUUAAAAAAAAAAAAAAAUUUAAUAGUUGUAAGUCUUAUUUUUCCCUUAACAUGUUCAGAAAAUCCAAUGCGGAUAAGAAAAAGACAAGUAGUUAUGUUCAAAUUAGUGGUAUGGAAAAUUUAAAAAAAAUUUCUGACUUGUUAAUACAAAAAAAUAGUCAUAUAUAUAUAUAUAGCAAUAGACUGAAAAGGGAAAAAGAAUUUUUUCUUUUUUUUAAUAAUAUUAAUAAAUGUUUUUAUAUAUUUAUUUCUCCUUUAUUAAUUUAUUUUAAUAAGCAAAAUUCGGAGUUGUUACAUAUAAAUACAAAUGAGCAGCAAAAAAAAGGGUCUACUAAUUUCCAUUUGAUAAUUGAAUUUUUAAUAGAGCUCCUUUACUUAAUCCGUGAAAUGUUUGUUAAAAAAAAAAAAUUAUCAAAGAAGCUUCAGAAGUAUAUUUCAAAUAAAACAUUGAAGGGGUAUAUAAAUUAUAGUUCUCUUAGUACUUAUGUGGCAGUGAAAAAAAAGAGAAAAAUGGGGAAAAUAGAAGAAAAUGGAAUAAAGAAAAAGAAAUAUAUGUGCACAUACACAUUUCAUACGGUUACUGAAAAUUAUUUUUUAGCACAAGAGGAAGACUUUUCAUUGAAUAGGAAGUUAUUUAAAAAAAUAAAAAAAAUUUUGCGGAAAUGCUCCCACUUGAACAAAAAUAUUAUUCUAAAUUUUGUAGAAAAAAAUUUAGAAAAAGUUUGCACACAUGUCAAAGAUUUGUUAACAUGGUGCAGCCAAUUCAGUGCAGCAAGUUUGUGCAGACGAGGAUAUAACAUAUAUUUGUAUUUCUGUAGAAAGGAAUUGACGCCGCUUAGUAACGCAAAGGAACAUUCAGAGAUGAGUGAUCAUAUUAUAAGUAAUAGAGGAAAAUGCAGAGUUAAGUGCAGCGAUAAGUACGUCGGAAAAAGUAUCAAUAAACCUAGCAGUAAAUGCAGCAGUAUACGCAGGGAUAACUGGGGUGAUGAUACAUCCUCGCACAGUGACAGUGGUAACAAAGACGAAUUGAGAAAUAGAGGCAAGGCAAGCACCCAUUUAAUAUGUUCAUUCAAAGUGGUAUCAAGAAUGGAUAAAAUAGUAAAAGUAUUGAAACACAUACUCAUAUGCUUAUUAUACAUUUUUAGUAAACUCGAAAAAAACUUCUCUAAUUUGGACACUAUAUAUAAACUGAAAUGUCUUCAUUAUCUCAUUAACGCAUUUCCAUAUCUCUACAUUUGUUAUCUAAAAAAAGAAAAAUUGAAGAGCUUUUAUUAUAAAAAAUAUAUUCGUCAUAGUAGACUUCCCUUCUUUAAACACUCGAUGAAGAAUACAUACAAUAAGCAUAUGUUAAAGUGUGUAAUGAGGGAAAAAAAAAAAAAAAAAAAAAGACUUCUGAAGUGUAUUUUUUUUAAGCAGAAGGAAUUUUUUUUCUUGUUAAAAGUGCAGAAAUAUAUUUUAUAUUUUUACCUGUACUUGUUCAGAAAAUUUUGCAAAAACAGGUUUGUAUCAAACUGUAGCUUUAGCGACAUUUCCUCCACAGAGCGAAAAAAAGGUAUACGUUCAACAAAAAAAAUAUUGAGAGUAAACAACUAUACAAGUGAAUUAUUACAUAAGAGAUUUUACACUUUUCUUAAAAAAAUUAGAGAAGAAAAAAGAAAAAAGAAAAUUUACUCCUACUUUCAAAAAUGUAUGAAUGUUCUUCUUUUAAGUAAUAGCAAAAAUGGUUCAUUUGAAAAUGCAAAAGCGUGUAAUUACGUGCACACAAGAGAAAAGAGAAAAAAGGAGGUGAAGGAACAUAAAAAAAAAAAUGGAAAUAAACCAAAAAAAGAACAAAACAGUGGAAAAAAAAAUGACAUAUAUAUAUUGAGGCCCAUAAGUAUGGAUAAACAUUAUUUAGAAAGAGAAAAAAAGAAAAAAGGGAAAAAUAGCAAAAAGGGGAGUAGUAAUUAUUCCAGUAGUAGUCAGCUUACCACAAGUGAUAAUGUGGUAUAUGACUUCACACCUGAUGAUAAACAGACAGAGCAGACACUGGUGAAAUAUACAUUUAAUAAAAAUAGGAGGAACGAAAACAUAUUUAUAAAAGACAAAGAAUAUUGCAGAUUUUUUAUUUUGAAGAAAAUGAAAAGGACUGUGUCUAAAUGCGGCACUUUCUUAAUCAAUAAGGUGAAAGAACAAAUUUAUAAAAAAAAAAAUUUAUUUUUUCUAAAUGUAAAUAUGCAUAAAAUAAUUUUAAUAAAGAUGGUAAAGCAUCUUCAAUGUGAAGCUAAAAAUGUUAUAACUGAUAUUCUAAAAAUGGGGGAAAGCAGUAUGAUGGGAAUGAGGGGCUGUGGAUAUGCGGAUGGUCAACAUGGCGAUGAUCCGCACAGCGAUAAUGCCAAAAGAAAUGACAAAGGGAAGGAUACUAAUACAUCCUUUAUUAACCACCAUGAAGCAGAGAAACUACUAUAUCUUGUGUGUAAAAAAAUUCGAAUUAAUAAAAACUUCUCUGUAUUUAACAUUAUGAAUGUACUUAUAAAAAAAAAAAAAAAUGUACAUUAUACAAAAAUACCAAAUAUUGAUGAUCAAAUAAUUAGUAGCUUUUUUCAUUAUGAAAAAUGUUCAAUUAACCAAAUCUUUGAAAAGAAUAAAUCUCGUCCGUACAAAAUUACGCUGAACUAUUUAGUCUUUUUUAUAAAUGGGCAUAUUACCUGUACUGUUCAUAAUUUUUUUACCAAUAAUUAUGAAAAAUUAACUAAAUCACAGGACAAAAUUUAUUUUAUAAAUAUACAAAAGAAUGAUUUUAUUAAAAACAUGUUUGUUGAAACAACCUUAUAUUUUUUGGAGUACCUCUUUUCAUAUAUAAGUGGUACUAUCAGCUUUAUACGUAAAGGUGAAGGCACAACCCCAGCAAAAAAAAUAGUAACAAAUGCGGAAGCGGAAAAAGAUGAAAUAGAAAAAAAGGAGGAAGAAAAAAACAAAAGUCAUUUUAAUGUAUGCAAAAUAUUUUGCUACGAAAUAGAGCAAAACGUGUGUGAAAUAAAAAAAAUAUAUAAGGUAAAAAGGAAGGGAAAAUUUUUUUUAAACGUUUUUAUAUUUUCAAAAAAAGAUCUUCUCUUUGUUUAUUCGUACAAUAAAAAGAAUAAAAGUGCCAUAUUCAACCCUUUUUUUGUCAAAUUUUUAAAUCAAAAUGAAUUAUAUGACGUUUAUUUAGACAGAUUAAACUUUAGGAACGCAUGA